AUGUCGAAGACCAAGGUUCUGCUCGUCGGCGCAGCGGGUGAGACCGGAGGGUCCAUCGCCAACGGUUUGCUCGAGGACGGCCAUUUUGAGGUAUUUGCGCUCGUCCGUCCCACCUCCGUCCACAAGCCUGCGGUCAUCGGGCUGCAGGAGCGCGGGGUCCAAAUCCGCAAAUGCGACCUGAAGGCCUCGGAGGAGGAACUGAUCGAGGCUCUGGCCGACAUUGAGGUGGUGAUUAGCUGUGUCGGGCCUGCCGAGCAGCAUGAUCAGAUCCCGCUAGCCAAAGCCGCCAAGAAAACGGGCGUCAAGCGAUUCGUGCCCUGUGGCUUCAUCACCGUGGCUCCCCCGGGAGGCGUCAUGUGGCUUCGCGAUGAGAAAGAGAUUGUCUACAACCAGAUCCGUCAGCUCUGGCUGCCAUACACCAUCGUCGAUGUCGGCUGGUGGUACCAGCUCGCCUACCCUCGCCUCAACUCCGGGCGCGUCGACUAUGCCAUGACAUCCGGGAACGAUGAGAUCAUCGGAGACGGAAACACGCCCACGGCACUGACGGACCUGCGCGACAUUGGCCGCUACAUGGCCAAGAUCAUCCUGGAUCCGCGCACGCUGAACAAGAUGGUGCUUGCCUACAACGCCGUGUCGACCCAGAACAAGAUCUACGAUCUCAUGGAGGAAAUCAGCGAGGAGAAGAUUGAGCGGCUCUACGUCCCCGAAGAGACAAUCUGGAGCCGAGUGUUGGCUGCCCGCCAGGCCAGCGAAACAUACCCCUUCGACCCGAUCAAGUUCAUCCCCCGCUAUCUGGCCGAGUACCAGCUGUCGUGGGGCAUCCGCGGUGACAACAACCCGGAGUAUGCCAAGUACCUCGGCUACCUGACUUCCCAGGAGCUGUACCCGGAUUUCAAGCCUGCGGAUUUCCGCGAGUAUCUCGAGUCGGUUGUGCGCGGUUCAGCCAAGGGUGUGUACACGGACCGGGUGAUUUCCCGCAAACACCAGCGCCACUUCCCGCGCACCGAGUCCAGCGACUCGCUGUACACCCGCAUUUUCCCUCGGACGGAGUCGAGCGACUCGCUCAUGUCGCGAUGA